AUGGAUGGAGGUGAUGGAAAUGAUGGCGGUGGCGGUGUUGUCGUGCGUGUCAUUGUCGAUGACGAUCGAGAGGAUACCAAUGAAGCAAAACCGGCCGACGGGAACAAUGUUCCAACCGUGCAGAAGGCUGGCAAGCCGAAGCGAAAAAGACCUGCAAAUAGGCACUACAUCAAAGACGAGACUAUGCGAACGUUGUUCGGCCUUGUACCCUUCUAUGGGGGAGAUGAUGGGCCGAUGGACCAAAUGGUCAAAGCCACUCUUGCAAGUGUACGUCCCGACGCAAUAGAUGUUCGCAACGAGGCUGGGGAUACCUUGCUCAUUCUCGCCUGUCAACACGGGUGCGAGGAUCUCGUGGAGCCUAUUCUCGCGAAGGGUGCGAAUCCUACGGCAGUGAACGCGGUCGGUAUUUGCGCUCUUCACUACACCUGCUUCGCUGACUCGCUGUCCUACGACGCAGCCGAAGCGUUGUUGUGGAGGGGCGCUGAAACAUCCACUGCCGAGACUACGUACGGUUGUACCCCGCUACACUAUGCUGCAAGUUCUGGCGACGCCGAGAUAUGCGCUUUGUUGGUAGAGCACGGGGCGCAGCCAAAGACCCAAGACUACUACAACUACACAGCUGUGAAAUACGCCAAGGACGCGGGGCACGAACAUGUAGUCGAGCUGUUCGGCGGUGAAGAGGAGGGAGAGGGAUGGGAAGAGGUCGAGGAAGCCUACACGGGAAUGGAUACGGGAGAUGAAGGGGAGGCGUCGGGGCCGACCGGCGGCCUCUGGAUCCGCCACAUUGAUCCGCAGACGGAGCUCGCGUACUACAUGAACGACGAGACGGGUGAAUCAUGGUGGGAAACUGACCUGCAGGCAGUCGCCAAAGAGUUUCUGGCGACUGUUCCCGCCACUGCUGGCAGUGUCAACGGCAGUAAAACCGGGGCUGUGUCUGCAUCCAUCACACUCCCGCCCCUAGGGGUCCGGGAAUGGCUAGUGCAGGAGCAGGUGCGGUCGUGGCUGGUUGCCAUCUUCAGCCGAGCGGACCCACUGAAGCUGAUGGAGGUGGACCUGGCCAUGCAAAUAGGAAAGGCGGACUUCAAAGAAAUGCUACAAGCGCUCAUGAUACGCUACGGAAUCAAGAAAAUGGAUUUCCUCGGGGAGGCGUCAUCCCCAAAACUGGAACCUCUUGGGGUUUCUUCGCUCAUUCCCUCUGAAGACGAACUGUGCAAAACCGGGGCGGAACGGUCCACGCCGAAAACCGACGGCGAGCAGAAGACCCCCGCCACCGAGGAUGGCGCUCAUGUCCAGCCUAGCCAAGAAGCCGAGGAGCAUCGAAGCAGUGGGGAAACUGCCGAGCUCGUACCUGCGGCCCUUACCAUCAGAAGACACAGCAGCACAAGCAUCGAUGGGAUAGCAGCAGUGGGGCAGCAAGGUGGGCGCGAUAAGAACACCACCACCGCCACCACCACCAACAACAACGGCAGCAGCAGCAACAACAGGUCCCUCCAUCGAGGAGCGUCUUCCCAGCACAACCUGAAGCGCGUCGAUUCACCCGCGGUACUACGUGCCGAGGCGGACAAAGUGUUUCAGGAGGCAGUGUCACGGCAAGAAAAUGAACUGGCCGAGGAACGGCAACGCCAAGCAAGCGCCCUGAACGAGCAGCGCAAGACUCUUCGAAACUUAGAGGAAGAUUUCCGGAAGCGAGAGGCUACUAUGUCCAAGACGAAAGAAGAAGCGGAAGAAGCAUUGAGUGGGGUAGCAAAGCUCCGAUCGGCGUUGGCAGACGAUAGCUCGGGGCAGGCCGCGAGUGACUCGCUCUCGGAAGAGAUUACCAAGCUCAAGGCAGGCGUAGCCGCCGAGAACGUGCGGUUGAGCCAUAUCACGGAAACCCUCGAGGCUACCAAGGGAUCGGUCGAGGAGCGUGCGGCAAAGCAGCAAGCGCAGGAGGAAGACCGGCGCGUCAGGCUCGAACGGUUGAGGUCAGACAACGUGGCGGAGGUGGAGAAAAUCCGAACAGAUGCUGCAGACUCUCUGGGCAAGGCCGAGCAGGCUUGGGACACCGAGCGCGUCGAACUGGAGGGAGACCUGACCGAAAAGGUCGACCGGGAAACUGCCCUUCUCAAGGAAACCGUCGAGAGCGCUGCACAAGUACUAUCCGAGACCGCUGCGACAACGAAGAACGCGACUGAUGCGGCCAAGCAGCUUCAUAACCAGAUCGAAGAUAUGAAGGGCCAGACACGAAUGUAUGCACGAGUGCGCCCAAUGGACGCUCUUGAGAAGGAGGCUGGAUGCAAGGAGGUGUGCCUGCGAGAUGGUAAGCAGACACUGGCCCUCCUCACGACGGCACAGCAACAUUGGACGUUUACGCACGUCUUCCAAAAUGCGUCGGCCGAGGUAGCGGCGACUGCAGCGGCGCAGGCAGAGCUGCACAAGGAAGUUGCGGGGCUGGGGACAACGCUCGCGGACGGUCACAACGUCCUUCUCAUGGCCGUAGGCGCUUCCCGGUCGGGAAAGACGCUGGCGCUUGUAGGAGAACCUGACCAGACAGCGGCAGCCGCAGGGGGUGACGGUUUCUUCAUUGCGGACAUGUCGGGCGAGGAUGGCAAAGGGACGGCGACGCCUGCAGCAACGGCGAAUCAAGGCGAAUCCAAGAAAGUUCCGAAAAGGGGUAAGGGGAAGGCCGGUAGCGGCGGCGGAGGGGGCGAGCGCGGGGGCGAGGAGGCGUUAGGCGAUGGUGGGGGGGGGGUUGCUGUCAAGGUGACACCCUUGGCCGGAGUGUUCCCGCGACUGGUGGCAGAAACGUUCGCGACGCUGAAGCAUCGCGUCGCGCAGUGCGCUUUUGUUGUUUGGGUCAGCGUCGUCGCGGUUUCAAUACCUGUGGCACCACAGGUAGCUACUGACAGUAGCGGUGUGGUAGAGAAUCUCCUACCUCCGGUGGAUUCACCGCCUGUGUGCGGCGAUUCCUCCUCGGUGGUACGUGAAGGUGACAUCUCUGAUAAGAAGAAGAACGAAGAGGAGCCAGACGUUACAUCCCCCGCCCCUACGGAAGGGGAAAAUCGAUGGGGACGCGCGGUUGCGGCAUCUUCACCACAAGAGGUGAUGAGGAUCGUCAUGGACGCUAGGUCUCGGGCGAUGUCGUCACCGGAGGCGGAGGGAUCCGGAAAUUCCCAAGAGGAGCGGAAAGACAGACAUUUCUUGUCUAGAAUCCGAGUGGAGCUUGUGAACAGAAGCACAAGUGAAGCCUCCUCAUGUGAGAUGGUUAUCGUGGAGCUUGCGGAGGAGAUGCCAGGAGAGGCUUGGCCGGCGGCCCUGGCAGACACCGUGCGCGCUCACGCUGCUGCGACCAUUGUGAAUACCAACAAGGCGGACAGAGCGGACGGGCUCCCAGGGAUGGUCAGGAGUUGCCUCGCGGACACGGCCAAGGUUGUGACAAUCUUGUGCGUAAGUCCAGCUGAUAACCACGCGGACAAGACUGAGAAAACCCUCAGCUUCGGGAAGGCCUGCGAAAACUCGGGCGAAGAUGGUGCUGCGCAGCUCAAGGAUCUCAAGAAGGAACUGGCUAGACUCAAGAAGGAGGCGAAGGGCACCAAGAAAACGGCCCCGUCUCAGCUUCCGCGUCCUGCUGGAGGGAAACGGUAA